AGUGAACCAAAAAAAGAAGAAUAAUUUAAAGAAUUCAAUCUGUUGUGGGAAAAAAGAGGAAAACAUGGCAAAAUUGUGCACUAUUUUCAUUGUGGCAUUUCUUCUUUGCUUCACUCUCACAUUUGCUGUUCGUCCUGAUUCUUCUGUGCUGAAACCCCAAUUUCAUGUUGCAAGUGAGGAGAAAAUUGAGAAUAAUGAGGCAAAAUGUGAAGGAGUGGAGGAAGCUGAGUGUUUGAAGAGGAGGGCAAUGGAAGCUCAUCUUGAUUACAUUUAUACUCAGAGUAACAACAACAAUAAUCAUCCAUGAUUUAAGACCUUUUUUGUGUUUUAACUAUAAAAUCCCCUUUUAAUUAAUAACUAUGAAAGGGGUUGUAAUAACAGUCGGUGAUGAUAAUAAUAAUAAUAAUAAUAAAACUUCUGCCUA